AAGAAUGCUGCUAUUGCAGUUUCUCUCUGGUUGGCUGCUACUGGUGGCUUCCUUCAGUGAGUUUGGUGUUCUUGCCCUUGCAAAUGGACACAAUAUCUACAAAGACAUGCUGCGUGGGAAAACAAAUGAAGCAUCUGAGAUGGAAGACAUAGCUGUACCUGGUCAUUUUCCUAAGUUAAUGUAUUUUUAUCGCAUACCAAGUGGCAUUGAUAGUUUUGAGCAGCCAUUCACUGAAAUUGGGAAGAGGGCAAGUGAUCAUGUUUUUAAACAUUACAUGCUGAACCGAGAAAAACCAGAAGAGAUUACUGACGGAGAAAUGGAUGACACAGACACAGGUGAGGAUCCUGUGUUAACUGUAAAAAGGGGUCCUGGGGCUGCUAUAUCAUGGGCUCUUGCUUCGAAGAGACCAAACAUACAAGCUGAUUUGAGUUUCUUGAUCUCACUGUUAUGGCCAUACAGCAGGGCAGUGAAGCAGCCAACGUAUGCUCUACCUAAUGCCUUCUAUGCAACAAAAGGGAAACGCUCGAUAGCCUGAGAACUGAUACACCAGACUUCAGCAAUACAUGCACAUUUGUGGAAGCAAGAAGCUUGAAUUAUGGAUUGUAUUCAGUUUCAUACUAUGUAUUGUCAACCUAAAAUAAAUAUCAAAAUAGCUUUGUAUCUUAUUCUUUCUUUAAUAAAAUAAGCAAUGAAAUACUACAUUUACGCAAUGAUCUGCCAAAUAUAU